CCACAUGCAAUUUACCGAUAGAGCACGAGAUAGUGAAACUACCUGGGACCUUCUGUUUCUACAGAAGCUUGUUCUUCAGAAUGGCUGAACACUCCUCGCUAAGCUUCCCAGUGGACAGAUCACUCAACUUCUUUUAAUUGGAGAGUAGGUCUUUUGGUAACUUUUCAUAUUGAGGCAUUUGAGAUAUUGCCUCUAGAAAAGGUAAUUGGAAAUUCAGUUUCCUCAACAUGGACAAAAAGUUCCCGAAUUCAACCUCCGACGAUCUUUGUGCAUUCGGGUGGGAAAAGUGAAUUGAGGCUUAUAUUCAGCCACUAUUGGCUGGGACUUUGGGGCUAGAACCUCUGGCUCCUUUUUAUUCACCUGUUAUACUUACGACUCCAGGGUACCUGCUUCACCUCCUUUGCGCGUCGUGGUGGCUCUUUUUCAACCAACUUCCAAAUUCUCAAUGUAAUUGCAUUCAGUUCCUCCUGAUGAUUUUGGGGGUUAGGUACCGUGGUAGCCGAUAGGGUACAUAGGGCUCUAUGUGAUGCAUAUUGAGCCUCUCCUAAUCCGGGUACGGAUGUUUUGCAAAAUAGCUUGUUGGUUCCCCUGGCAAGCUUCCAGGUUCCUCUAUCCAGCUUCAAGUUCCAUGAACUUCCCUGCUGUCAGUUCCAUGAACUGGUCUAUCUUGCUAAACUUUUGGUUGUUGGAGCUGGCGAGCGUGCUCACUAUAUCUCUCAACUAAGCUAUCGGAUCACCCGUCUGGGACUGAUGGGGCUGCACCAGGCUGCUGAAUUUGUUGCUGCUGCUAUUGAGGAAAAGUCUGUCCCUUUAUGGGCUGGUAGGGUGGCUCCUGUUGCUAGAACUGGCCCGGGUGGGGCUGGUACUGCUGUCUCAGGUUCUGAUAACUGCCUAAAGGAGCCUGAAAGCCUGCUGGCUUGGGGUUGCUAUUACCAUCCCAGGAGAAUUUCGGAUGAUGUUGCCACCCCUCAUUGUAGGUGUUGUAGUAGGGGUCUAUGCGCUUGACAUUGCUGAUGAAGUCCAGCUUCUCCUGAGUUGUGUUAGAUUCCCUCAUUGCCUGGCAGUCCUCCACUAUAUGAUUGUUGCUCUAAUACAAAACUGUACAAGAAAUUUAGCCUAUUAUGAUGAGACAAUUUUUUCAUAUUAGAUAUCCAUUUUGUCAUAUUAGGUAUAAUCUAACAAAAGGUGUUGUCACAAAGGUUUGUCAUUUUAUCACCGUCAGGAUAGGUCAAAUGUAACAAAAAUUUAAACAAAGUUGUCACAUUUUCUUUUAGUAUAGCUGAGGUUCUAGGUAGUCUAUUGUGACAAACAGAGAUGUUAUGACUUAUGACGACAUAUUUUGUCAUAUCGGUUGUCAUAAUCUAGUGAUUUUGGGAGAAUUGUUUGUCAUAUUACAAGAUUAUAUUUUGUCAUAACUGUAUAUUGUGACUACUACAUUUUGUCAAAAGUGUUUAUUGUGACAACAUUAUUUUUUCAUAAUUGAAUAUUAUGACGAAUAUAUUUUGUUAUAGCUGCAUAUUGUGAAGAUUAUAGGCUGUCAGGAAAAGUGGUUUAUUUGUCUCAUAUCUAAUAUGACAAGAAAACAAAUUGUCAGGCAAUGUACUUAAUGUGACGACAUGACAUUGUUGUCACAUUUGACCUGCUUCAAAAAUUUCUAAUUCGAAUUUAUUUCCUGCAUUGCAACCUGAUAAUGGAAAGAUUACUAAAGAUCCAAAAUAUUACAACCAUUUCUAUAGCAGUAAUAACUGAAACUUGAUAGAUAGAGAAUCAACACACUAUGCUCAUCAUGUUUCUACAAGGAAUGACACACAUUUGCUUGCAGUUAGUCAUCGAGCAAGGACCAAUUCAUGGAUGCCUAACAUUCCAAUCUCUUGAUAUCUUCAAACCUGGUUGCUGCUGUACUGUUAGCCCGUAGAGAACUAGCUGAAUUUGCACAUAGCUCCCACUUCCAACCCGUUGCCUUUAGAUCGCCUUUCAAUAUGCUCCCAAUACUAGGAUUCAACAUCAAGAUUACCAUAGAAUUCAUCCUGGUAAGAAUAAAAGGAUUAUCUUGUACGAAGCUUCGUUAUCAAAAUUAUAGUUCAUCAAUGGAAGUAGAAGCAUAGAUCAAUGUUAGAACAAUUUUUUAAAUUGUAAAUAAAAUAGCUUCUCCUUCUGUCGUUCAUGUAUAGCAUCAGAUGGAGUUUCUUGUUUCACCUCAUGCUAAUUCUUCCUCUAAUCAUUAUCAAGACAACAAUUAGCUUUUAAAAAAUAAGCACAUAUAAACAACCAUAUUUCUACUUCUUUAAUAUGAUGACUCAAAAGAAAAAUGAACCAAAAGCCCCUUCUAUCUCCUCCACAAACACCCUAGCUAGCUUCCAAGCCACCACUAUCAGCCACUUUUCAAUUUACAAUGAAACCAAGAAUUAAUGGAAUGAGAUUGAGUUGAUGACCUGAAUUUUAUGUGGAACGAGGAGGCAGGGUGAUCGUAGUUGUGAGGGCUGUGGCAAGACUAGAACUCUGCGCCUAGAGGUCAGGAGGUGGGAAGAUCAGUGAAACCAUCUCCGUUCGAACCUCUGCAUCCCUUCACUCUCUGACCUCCGCAUCUUCGAUCUCGUCUUGUCUGUUACACCUCUCCAACAAGAUUCAUUCCUAAAUUCGAGAAAACCAAUAGACUGAGAAGCAAGCUAAGUACAAGAGGGAAGGGAGUGGGGGAAAAGAAUCGAAACCUGCAGUAGGCGGUUAGGGGCUUGGCGGAGGUCUCAAUCGGAAAUCAAAAGACAAAGCUAAUCGGGGGAACUAAUGUUAGUGAGUAGGGAAGAAGAAUAGGUGAGUUCGGUGUCAAGCAGAGUGUACAAGAGGAAGAACAGAGUCAUUCUACAGAGCUACACUCUGCUUAAGGAAGAAGACGAAGUGCAGAGCAUUGGGCCUGAAGUUGUAUCGGGCUUCCUUUCACCCGAUCUAAAAGAGAGUAAGGCCGUAUAUAAAUAAGUGAAGACGAC